GGUAACGGCGCAGCCGCGGUUCGAACACACCCGGACUCGGGCGCAUUCCGGGCCGUCAGUCUUCACAGUCAGCGCGGCACCGGGCGGGCUCUGCUGAAAACCGGACGAGUCGGUCACCGCCGAAGUGCCGCCCUUCGCAAAUUAAAUUUGGUGCUCCAGGCCAAGUUCAAAAUGUUUGCUUUGCCAGGGUCCGCUAUGGAUGUUUUAGGAAAUAUGGAAGGGGACAAUGUACUAAACUUGUCCAGGAUGAAUCUGGAAACGGUGGCUUUGGAAGACAUCAGUGAAGAAAAGAAAAACGAGAUCCACCAAUUACUGUUGACCCACAACAGAUUUACCGUUUUCCCCCAAAAUAUUGCUUAUUUAAGGAAUCUGUUGUUCCUAGAUAUCAGUUCCAAUGGGCUCACCCACAUCUGCGAUCAGAUCUUGAAACUUACCAAACUCAAGACUUUGAUAGCCAAAAACAACAGAAUGGACGAGUUCUCGCUGCCGAAAGAUUUUGGAAAGAUGAGUUUGGAAGUUGUCAAUCUCAGUGGCAAUCGCUUUGAGGAAGUGCCUUUUCAGCUUCUAGAAUUACAAAGACUCAAAUCUCUUUCACUCGGAGGCAACAGACUGAAAACCAUUCCACCAGAAAUAGAGAAUUUAACCAGCUUAGAACUGUUGUACUUGGGUGGAAAUGGAAUUCUAUCAAUUCCUCCAGAACUUGCUAACCUGCAGUACCUAAGUUAUCUGGGACUGUGUGACAACCGCAUUCAAGGCCUUCCACCACAGCUUGCUCAGCUGAAUUCUCUACGGUCACUCAGUCUUCACAAUAAUUUACUUACAUAUCUUCCUCAAGAAAUCCUCAACCUGGUCCAUCUACAGGAACUCAGUCUACGUGGCAACCCUCUUGUUGUGCGAUUUAUAAGAGACCUAAUCUACAACCCCCCAUCUCUACUUGAACUGGCUGGACGGAUUGUGAAAUCCCGCAACAUUCGGUACACUCAUAACGACAUGCCUAGAAACUUGGUCAGCUACUUGGAUUCAGCCAGCAAGUGCCCAAACCCCAAGUGUGCAGGAGUUUAUUUUGACUCUCGCGUUCGUCAUAUCAAGUUUGUCGAUUUCUGUGGCAAGUACCGCCUGCCCCUAAUGCACUAUCUGUGUUCUCCACAAUGCUACUCACCCUGCAGCUCUAACUCUCAGAGUGACUGUGAUUCUGAUGAUGAACUCAACAUUCCUCAACACCAGAUGCAGAAAGUCCUCCUUGGCUAAAUGCUCAUUUAUGGAGAUCAUGAAGAUUUAGAUUUUUGCAGUCCUAGGUGACUUGAACCCAUCUCGUACAAUGUGCCAGGGUUUUUUUGAAUCCAGUCAUUGAAGCAUUUACGCUAACGUUCAAGCCUUCACAUCAGAUUUGUAGUCUAUUGGUUUGCAUAGCAUUCCUAAUCUUUGAAGUAUUAUUACAGAAGUAUUUGUAUAAAAGGAUUAUAUUUUUACGCCAGUAAUUUUGAAAUAUUCUGGUAUUCCUUAUUGGAUAUGCAAAGAGCUAAUUUAAAUAACAAUAGUCUAAACUAUUAUGUGAAGCACAGCUUUAAUAUGUUUAAAAACUUCAAACAUAUAAUCUUUCAUUUGAAAUGCUAAUCUUAACAUGUAUCAGAAAACUUUUUCUUUAAAGAAGAUCUUGUAUGUAAAAUUAGAAUAUGUACCAUACCAAGCAGCAAUUCUUUUUUUUAUUCUGAUUAUUAACAGACUGGAUUAAAUAGUGGUGGCAUGUUCAUUGCUAGAAUUAUUGCUUCAGUGGCAGCCUAUAGGUGGAUAAAAGAACUCCCACGCUUCUACAUUAUCAUGUGCCAGUUCCUUAUGUCCUAAAAGGAAACAAUUUGAUCAAUCGAGUCUGUGCAACUCAGGGAGAUCUCAUUCCCUUUUCUUUGAAAGCUCUUCUCUCGACAUUCCCAUCAACAGCCCACCUCCCAGAUUUGCCACUCACCUGCAUAUUAAUGGUAGGUUACUGUGACAUAUCAAUCUACCAACCUGCUUUUCAUUGUUUUGCUGGAUGAGACUAGAUUGUAAGCAGGAAACCUGUACACUUAAAGGAGUCUCUACGGUAAAUUUAAUAUUAACAGCAAAGGAGGUCAAGAAUACACCCAGGCUACUAGAGCUGUGAGACAGCAGUCCCAUUAGAUGGGCACUGUGCAAAAUAAAGUGAGAAGGCUGUUGUGAUCAGGACAUUAUGAUUCUUCAACGGAGAAGAGAUAGAUUGAGUAAUUGGGCAAAAACAUGUCCGAUCAAGUUUUAAUGAGGAGAGGUUUAAGGUCACGUAUUUCAGCGAGAGGAUUUGGAAGAUGGAUUAUUAUCUAAAUGGAGAAAGAGACUGCAAGUGAGUCAAGUUCAUAGAUACUGGGUGCAAAAAUCGCUAUGUUAUCAGACAAUGCAAUAUGUAGUUAGGAAGGCAAGCAGUGUUUUGGCCUUCUUAUUUUUUGAAAACAGUAGACUUUAAUAAUAAAGGUUUUUUCCAUAGCUGUACAUGUUGCAGAGGCCAUACCUGAAAUUCUCUACACAGUUAUGAUCCUCUUGCCUAAAAAAAUAGUAGCAUUGGAAGCGGUCUGAAGGAGAUUUGCCAGAUGAGUUUUUGGGGUGAGAGGGUUGUCCUACCAACAGAGACUAGACAGUUUGAAUGUGUAUUAUUUGGAGUUUAGAAGCAUGAUGGGUGACCUUGCUCAAACGUAUAAAAUUCUCAGGUGGCUAAUCAAGAUGUUUUCACUAGUAGGAAAAUCACAGAGAAAGGGAAGUAGCUACAAAAUGAGGGGCGAAGUAUUUGAAAUUGCGAAAUGUACAAAAUUCUUACCUCAUUCAGCAAUGAAAAUCUGGCAUUCUCUGCCUCAGUGGAUGGUAGAGGUCAGGUCAUUAGAUAUGCUUAAGGUAGAGAUUAUAAAUAGUUGAAAGAUUGAGGAAUUGAGGGUUAUAGGGAACUGGCACAGAAAGGGCUUGAAGCCAACAUAUAAGCUGUAUUGACUGGUGUGCAGGCUUGAAAGGUCUGGUAGUCAUUUUUUCUUCUCUGUUUAACUCCUUUUUGCUACUGGAUAAAUCGAUUCACAGUAAAAUACAAGUAAUCACAAAUUAAUUGAUGUAGUAUAAAAAAGUGCCUGCAAUGAAAUCUUUAAACUAAAGAAAAUGGUUACAAUCCAUGAGGAAGCAUUGGGCAUUUGAGCUUCUAUCUAACUUAAGCUUCCAUUCCUAAUAUUCAGUAUUCAUUCAUGUGAAGGAUUUGGGUUGUUUAUGUUGCUGAGUUAAGUUACAGAAAACAGGAAUGCUUCAUGGAUUCAUGUAAUUUGCAUUGAUUUGUUAUAUCUGACAAUCUCUGGAUACAUCAGUUGAUGAAUGGCUGGGAUAGGCAUCCUAUUUUGCAUGUAAAACUGGAAAAAGAAUGUUUCCUGCUGUGAGCUCAAAUACCUUAAUGGAAUUUAUUGAUUAUUACAGUUUUUGCUUACGGCAUUUGGAACCUCUGUUUUUAAGGAAGGAUAUUUGCCUUUCGUUUCAUCCAAUGCUGUUAAAAUAAAUUGAGUUCUGCCCCCCAGUUUUGCAUUGACGGAAGUUUUAUUACUGUUAUGCUGGAGUUGUGCUAUUGAAAAGAAUAAAUGGGACUUCCACAUUUGCAAAGUAUAUGUAAAUGAUAUAUAAACAGGUUUAUUGAGGUAUAAACACAGAAGAUUCUGAAGAUGCUGGAAAUCCAGAGCUACACACACAAAAUGUUGGAGGAACACAGGACUAUUUGUUCAUUUCCAUAGAUGCUGCCUAGCCUGCUGAGUUAACAGAUAUAUUCUAAUGUCAAACCAGUUUAUUAAAUAACACUGGAUACUAAUGCGAACUAUUGGUUUUAGGAAGGUGAAACCUUCAGUGUAGACAAAUUUAUUAGGAAUUCGGGGCCUUAUUUAACACUAAUUCUUUUAUUCUGUUUGAUUGAAAACAAGAAAAACAUUGACAUUACGGAUGAGCAGAAAGGGCUGGAGAUUCAUAGCCAUAUUUGUAGCUGUGAAUCAGCAAAAUAAAAUCUAUUGUAAACUCCACCUUUGGAAGGGUCACCAGUAGUUUAUCAUUCAUUGUAGACAUGAAUAAAAAUCGUGAAUGAAUCGCUUUGAUACACAAUGGGGUUAUUCUAUAAGCUUUUUCUCUUUAGAGAGAUUUUAUCAGAAACCAUAGAUUGGAGAAAUCUGAAUUUAUAGGUACAAUGGUUUUAUUUCACUAGUUUGUGCUGUUUGUCCACAUUUAUCUAAACUGGGAGAACAGGAUUGUUGAAUUAUCUCUGGAACAUUGUUAUUUGAUACUCAUUCUAUGUAAGUAUCUGUAAUAUUGACCUAAUGAAUCAUUUCUGAUUGAACAGACAAUUGAGUAGAUAAUAAUAAAGAAGCCUGCAAAGUUGUUGCUGUUUUUUUU